AGUGUACAGUUCCAUCAUGGCUUCUCUGCCUCCACAUGGUCCAGGAUGAUUCAGCCUGGGACGCGAUUGGUUCCCGGGAAUCGGAAGGCAACGUGUGUCACACACACAAAAGAGAGAGAGAUAAAGAGGGGGGAGAGAGCGAGAGAGAGAGGUAGAUUAUCUUAUCAUGAUGAAUAUGAGGUGUUAGUUUUAUUUCUCUCUCGCUACUUUUGUUGUUAUUUAAAUUUAUUUUAUUAACCGCCAUCACUCUCGUUGUUUGAAGCAUCGUUUCAUUGUAACUGAAUGAGCGAACCAGAGCGCGCGGCGGCCGCGUUUCCUGCUUCAUCUCUCCACCACUCAUCUGUCACGAGAACAAGAAAAAGAAGAAGCGGAAGAUCAGAGACUGCCGACGCCGCGCGGACAACAUGGUCGCCGGCGAGCUCGUGCAGGAGCAUCUGCGCGCGGAUGCCGGUUCACCUGACAACAUCACGGCGGUGAAGACACCGGAGUCUGACGGUGACGCAGCGGCGGUGGAGCGGCGGAAAGAGGACGACGACGACGCCGCUUCCGCCCUGCCGCUCCUGCCGCUGCCGCAGGAGGAAGACAAAGAGGGCGGUGAGUUAGAAGAGAAGCCGGAUGAAAGAGAGGCGAUGCUGCCCAACGGAGGAGCAGGAGAAGCGGCGGCGGAGGAGGAGGAGGAGGAAGAGACGCGCCUGGAGACGCGGCUGUACCUGCGCCGCUUCGCCGUGCUCGCCGUCUUCAGCCUGUACUCGCUGGUCAACGCCUUCCAGUGGAUUCACUACAGCAUCAUCGCCAACGUGUUCACGAGCUACUACGGCGUCAGCAACAGCGAGGUGGACUGGCUCUCCAUCGUCUACAUGGUCGCUUACGUGCCGCUCAUCUUCCCCGCCACCUGGCUGCUGGACCGCCGGGGGCUGCGGCUCACCGCGCUGCUCGGCGCGGGCCUCAACUGCGCCGGCGCGUGGCUCAAGUGCGCCAGCGUCCGGCCCGACCUGUUCGGGGUCACCAUGGCGGCGCAGGUCGUCUGCUCCGUGGCGCAGGUCUUCAUCCUCGGCCUGCCGUCCCGCCUCGCCUCGGUGUGGUUCGGCCCCCGCGAGGUCUCCACGGCGUGCGCCGCAGCUGUGCUGGGGAACCAGCUGGGCGUCGCCAUUGGCUUCCUGCUGCCUCCGGUGUUGGUUCCCACCACUCCUAAUGACGUGGAGCUGACAGGUCACAACAUCAGGGUGAUGUUCUACGGCACGGCUGCCGUCUCCACCGCCCUCUUCCUCCUCACAUUUAUAGUCAUCAGGGAUCGUCCAGCCCACCCCCCCAGUCAGGCCCAGGCUGUCCUACCAGACACUCCUCCCGAUGAUUACUCCUACAAGCAGUCCAUCCUCAACCUGAUGAAGAAUAAAGCCUUCAUCCUGCUGCUCAUCAGCUACGGUAUACUCACUGGAGCCUUCUACUCCGUCUCGACGCUCCUCAACCAGAUGAUCAUGGCCUGCUAUGAGAACCAGCAGUUGAACGCUGGGAGAAUUGGUUUGACCCUGGUUGUCGCUGGAAUGGUUGGGUCUAUCCUCUGUGGUCUGUGGCUGGACCACACCAAGACAUACAAGAUGACGACUCUGAUAGUCUACGUCCUGUCGUUUCUGGGCAUGGUGGUCUUCACCUUCACUCUGGACCUGAACAACAUCUACCUGGUCUUCUUCACUGGUGGAGUCCUUGGGUUCUUCAUGACUGGUUACCUGCCGCUGGGCUUUGAGUUCGGCGUGGAGAUCACUUACCCAGAGUCUGAAGGAACGUCGUCAGGCCUCCUCAACGCGUUCGCUCAGAUAUUCGGGAUCAUUUUCACACUGAUUCAGGGCAGACUGACCACAGAUUACAAUCCUCUGGUUGGAAACAUCUUCCUCUGUGUUUGGAUCUUACUCGGAAUAUUGCUCACAGCGUUAAUCAAGUCAGAACUGAAAAGACACAACGUGAACAUGGGAGCAGCCGGUAAAAACCUGCGAGCGGUCCCUAAUGAGUGUCCCUAGGACGGCUCUGUAGACAAGAAACCCAACGCAGUCGAGCUGGAGUCCUCACGCAGCUUCUCCUGUGAAAACCUCAUUGUGAAACCUGAACCCGAAGUCUCUAAAUCACAGGAGAGAGAGGACAGUCUCCUGUCUCCCUGCUGCCCUGGGAAACAUGUUGGCACCACAGUCUAUGUGAUGCACUGAAAGGUGAACUUGAUUUUUAUUGCCAAGCAUAAUUUCUUGGAUGUCUUGGAAAUGUUUAAAGCUCUGGAUUUGAGCCAAUCAAGCAUUGCUGCACUCGACACUGGGGGAGGGACUAAGAGGCACCAGAUGGGGGUUGGUUAAACCUUCCAUCCAACACUGUUUUGAAAGGAGACCCAGCUCCUUCAAAUCCCCAAACUCCUGGACAGAUGAAGUUUUCUGGUUUUUUUUCUCUUGAUGGAGUCAUUUUAGAUGAAAGUAAACUGAAGAAGAGCGGCACGCAGAAGUGUGGCACCUUCGAUUGAAACCGGACUGCUGACUUCAGAGGAAUCACAGGUCUACACGACUGGACAAUGGAAUUUGGUGGUAAUUGGCAUCGAUACAGGUCUGAUAGUUGUUAAAGUCACUGGAUCGCUCACUCACUCAUUGUCUACCACUCCAUCCUCCAUCACAAUCCCAGCUGACAUAGGGCGGUAGGCGGGGUCACACCCUGUCCAUCGCAGGGCCACACACAUAGAGACAAACAACUGUUCACUCUCACACCUAUGGUCAGUUUAGAGUGUCCAGUUGACCUAAUCCCCAUAUUGCAUGUUCUUGGACUGUGGGAGGAAGCCGGAGAACCCGGAGGAAACCCACGCACACGCAGGGAGAACAUGCAAACCACAUGGAAAGGCCGGCUGUCAAAACACAAUAUCUGACCACAUGCGUGAGCACAAAUGUGUUAUUAAUAGCUUGUUGGUUGAUGUGCUACAAGCGAGCGUAGCGUCGAGUCAUUCCUGGUGUAGAAUUCUUCACAGGUGCAAAAAAUGUGUUACUUUCUGUGAUGUUCUACCCGACCCGGUCCCAUCCACUGGAACCAAACCCAGACUAAAUGUAACGUGACCAUGUCCUGAGUUCAAAGCACAACCGUAAAAACACUUGCACAGCGCAAUGUCCAAAAAAAGAAAAUGUGGCGUGGAGCUGAGAACGUCGCAUCUCGUAUCGUAGGAUUUUGUCUACAAAAUGGACAGCAGACGCACAAAUAUGUAACACAACAAAUACUGGACGUUACAUCGCUUUAUUUACCAGCUGUUACAUGUAAAAAAAAAAGUUUACCUAAACCAGUUAUGCAUCAAAAUGAAUGAUUGGAAGUAACUUUAUACACUUAAUUUGUCCUUUUAAGUAAUGUGUCCCCUCACUGUCCUUCUUUUCUGCCACUAUUCAGAUCAACAAAUGAGUAAAAUGUGUUAUUGCAGAUUAAGAUUAAGAUUAAGAUUAAACAGAGACUUCACUACAGCAGGCCCAACUUUGCCUGUUAAAACAUUUAAGAACUGAAACCCAUGAAAGACGAUUUUCACCCUUUUUUUUCUUCAUAAUAAGUACUUAUAAGUACUCCUAUACAUUUGUACUUUAAUGCUAAUACUUUUGCGUAUGUAGGAAUUUUACUUUUUAAUUAUUUAUUUAAGUUUUUUUUUUUUCUUCGUUAUUUCUAAUGUGGAGACAAAAUAACUGAAGCCCCAAAAGUCAGUCCUUACAAAAGCUGUUAUUUAACUGCGCGCUCGUGUCUUUCUAAAAGCGACUGUCAAAUAUUCUUGGUAGAAAACCAGAUUGUCCUCGGCGACACAGAGGAGACGAGACACUGCCGCCAUCUGCUGGACCGAUUCUGAAACCUUUUUGUACAGUAAGCGCUCUUCACUUUAAUUAAAUUCAAGUGUUUUACUGCAACGUCUGUGUCUUCCUGUUGUUUUACGACACACACAGAGGCUGGUUCCCAUGACUUCAGAGGACAUUGCGUUGACUUACAGUCACUUCCUGUAGACUUAACCUAACCUUAACCUUGACCUUAACUUUAAAACAUGUCUUCACCUUAAAAUGAGCUCAUGUACGUUAUGGGGACUUGAUGUUUGUCCCCCAUCAGGAAGACAUGUCCUCGUAAUGUGAGCGUGUAACCAGAAUUAGGUCCCCACACACACACUGAUGACUUCAGCUUUAAUUGAACUAAAAAGGUUCCUGUCUUUAUUUAAGUGUUUGUUUAAAGGUCAAAUAUGUAACUCUUUAUUACUUUGAUGUGUUUAAAUAAAAGCGUCAUCUAUG